UGCCUGAUCCCAACCUGCGACUGCUCAUUACAGACCUUGGCUUGUUCUCGACUACGCUUCUGCCUGAUCCCAACCUGCGACUGCUCAUUACAGACCUUGGCUUGUUCUCGACUACACUUCUGCCUGAUCCCAACCUGCGACUGCUCAUUACAGACCUUGGCUUGUUCUCGACUACGCUUCUGCCUGAUCCCAACCUGCGACUGCUCAUUACCGACCUUGGCUUGUUUACUGACCACUCUUCCGUUUGAUCCUUACCUGCUUAUACGCUUAUACUGGACCUUGCUCACCUCCUGACUCCGCACCUCGGGUGAUCCCACUCCUCCACCACUGUGACCUGCCUGUGUACCUAUCCUGCUGGUUGCAGGUAAGCCUUUCCACUGCUAUAGCAACUGGUCUUUGAGCCUGACCCCUGAUCAUGACAGA